CUUCAGUGCAUCAUUUAAAUGUCUAUAGAUGCAAGGUCAAGGCUGGUUCAAGCUUUUAACGAUUUCGGAGGUCGUGUUUCCGGUGAACAAAUCCUCAAAUUCAUUAAAGAUGACGAACUAUUAAACCGAGAAACACGGUAUUCUAUUAAGAAACUAAUUACUUCAAUUGCUGUGGUUGAAUAUGACUCGGACAAAAAGAGAUAUUUGGUGUUGAAAGAUUUAGCUCGAGAUAAAGAGAAUCUAGCUUGUAAUAUGUGUCAAUCUACUCAAACAACAACUUCACAGUCUUCAGAAAACCAAAAUGUCCCCAAAUCAACCGUUUUAUCACAUCAAGGAAGUCAGUCAACAAAAUUGCCAGUGGCCCAUAAGACACCUCCCUCUUCUCCUCAGUUAGUUCCUACCACCGCUAUUACCACUCCUGCUACUUCUAUCAAUGUUGCUGCUGUUCGUCCUUCCGUCUAUUCCACAUUUACUAGCAACGAAACUCGUUUAUGGUGGAUGGCAGUUAUCGAUUGUCGUGUUGCAGAUAUGAAACGUUUGCUAGGAAUAAAUCCCAAAUUAGCCAAUUGGGCUGUGAGUUAUGAAUUUUUUUGUUUAAAAUUUAAAGGUGAAAAAGUUUUAUUUAAAAAAUCACUUUGACGAUAUUAUCAAUUUAAGAUUAGGUUUAGAAAUAGGAUAACGUGAAUAGUAGUAAUAUAACGAGAAAGCCUUCACUUUCCUACACAACCUAAGCCAACAGACAGUAGCAAAAUAUAUCCGUUCUCUUUGUUGAACUAAAUUUAACGCUUUCGCAACCUUCUCAAACUUUUUUCGGAUGGUGAACACCUGGGCAAUAUCUGAAAGCCAGUUGAGCUUUUCCUCAAAUUAAUCACUCUAUGGCUAUUAGAAGAGGAUUUUU